CCCAGCGAGCCCAGAGUCGCGAGCGGGCAGUGGUGGCGCGGCGACCCGGAGGCAGCACUGCUAGAGCGGCGGCGGGACUGAGGCUGGGCUGGGGAGCUGGUGGUGGCGCGGACCUCAGCGCCGACGCCGGGACUCUGCUCACCCCGACACUGAUCUCUGCCUGGCAGAUUAACCAAAGCCAAGGAGGACCAGUCUUGUGGCUGUUCUGAUUGCUGGCAUUCACCCACCUCUGUGAUAGACUGGAGGCCCAAGCUCACGGUGCUGCUGCCCUGCUCGCCCCAGACAUCUUUCUGGGGUCUACUUGAGGUCAGCAGGGUGAAGAUGAGCAACAUUCUCUUAGCAUGACGACCUUGGACCAUGUCGUCGCUACCCACCAGUCAGAGUGGGUCUCCUUCAGUGAAGAGCCCCUUUUCCCCGCCCCUUCAGAGGGGGCCACAGAGGAACACUUCCCAGGAUCAUCGUCUUCCUCAGACCCGUCUGAGAGCUCCUCCGGGGAGAAUCCUGCCGUGGAUGGAGGCUGCCAGGACCUUUCCCACUCCGAGCAGGAUGACGCCUCUGAGAAGAUGGGUCUCAUCUCUGAAGCGGCCACCCCUCCCGGGAGCCCAGUGCAGCCCACGCCUGACUUGGCCUCGGCCAUCAGCAACUGGGUGCAGUUUGAAGAUGAUGCACCUUGGAGCAACACCUCACCACCUCACAAGGAAACCGCCCUCACGUUGACCAUGCCUUGCUGGACCUGCCCUUCCUUCGACUCUUUAAGAAGGUGCCCUUUGACCUCCGAGAGCAGCUGGACGACCCAUUCCGAGGAUACCAGCAGUCCUAGUGUUGCUCCUUCAUGCACGGACCUGCAGCUCCUCAGUGCUGAGGAGCAGGCAAGCAGCCGGACUUCCAGGACCGACUCCACGGACAACUCCUCCUCCCUCCAGGAAGAUGAAGAAGUAGAGAUGGAGGCUGUCAGCUGGCAGGCCGGCAGUCCAGCCAUGAACGGGCACCCUGCUGUUCCCCCAGUGACCACUGCCCGUUUCCCCAGCUGGGUCACUUUUGAUGACAAUGAAGUUAGCUGCCCUUUGCCACCGGUCACCUCCCCCAUGAAACCAAAUACGCCGCCGGUGGCAGCUGCCGCCCCAGAUGCACCCUACAACCCAACUGGGUCAUUUAAGAGGGACCGUCCCAAGAGCGCCCUGAUGAACUUCUCCAAAGUUCAGAAGCUGGACAUUUCCUCCUUAAACCGUCCGCCUUCGGUAAUCGAGGCACCGCCCUGGAGGGCCACCAAUCCUUUUCUGAAUGAGACUCUGCAGGACGUACAGCCCUCCCCUAUCAACCCGUUCAGUGCUUUCUUCGAAGAGCAGGAGCGGCGCUCCCAAAGCAGUUCUGUUUCCACGGGCAAAAGCCAAAGAGAUUCUCUCAUUGUCAUCUACCAGGAUGCCAUCAGCUUUGAUGAUUCGGGCAAAAGCCAGUCCCACCCCGACGCUAUUGAAAAGCUCAAACAGCUCCAAAUCGAUGACCCCGAUCACGUCGGCAGUGCCGCCCUGCCUGAUGACGACCCCGUAGCCUGGGUUGACCUAAAUGCUCACUCACCUGCCUCAGCCCUGUCUCAACCCAGGGAUGGGUGGCCGAUGAUGCUGAGAAUUCCCGAGAAGAAAAACAUCAUGUCCUCUAGGCACUGGGGACCAAUCUACAUCAAACUGACAGACAGCGGCUACCUGCAGCUGUAUUACGAGCAGGGCCUGGAGAAACCGUUCCGUGAAUUCAAGCUGGAGAUCUGUCAUGAGGUUUCCGAACCCCGGCUCCAAAACUAUGAUGAGAGCGGGAGGAUUCACAGCCUGAGGAUAGACCGAGUCACUUACAAAGAGAAGAAGAAAUACCAGCCCAAACCCGCUGUGGCCCACACAGCCGAGAGGGAGCAGGUGAUUAAACUGGGUACCACCAAUUACGAUGACUUCCUGAGCUUCAUCCACGCGGUUCAGGACUGUCUCAUGGAUUUACCCGUGCUCUCCAUGGACUUGAGCACGGUUGGCUUAAACUACCUCGAAGAGGAGAUUACGGUGGAUGUGAGAGAUGAAUUCUCCGGCACCGUAAGCAAGGGAGACAACCAGAUCCUCCAGCACCAUGUCUUGACACGGAUCCACGUCCUGAGUUUCCUGUCUGGGCUCGCCGAGUGCCGCCUGGGCCUCAACGACAUCCUUAUCAAGGGAAACGAGAUCGUUUCCCGUCAGGACAUCAUGCCCACCACCACCACAAAGUGGAUCAAGCUCCACGAGUGCCGCUUCCACGGGUGUGUGGACGAGGACGUGUUUACCAGUUCUCGGGUUAUUCUUUUCAACCCUUUGGACGCAUGCCGGUUUGAGCUCAUGAGGUUUAGGACAGUAUUUGCCGAGAAGACCUUGCCCUUCACGCUCAGGACGGCAGCGAGCAUCAACGGGGCAGAGGUAGAGGUGCAGAGCUGGCUGAGGAUGUCACCUGGCUUCUCGUCGAACCGUGACCCCCUCACUCAGGUGCCCUGUGAGAACGUGAUGGUGCGCUACCCAGUGCCCAGUGAAUGGGUGAAAAACUUCCGCAGGGAAAGUGUUCUAGGGGAAAAGUCUUUGAAAGCCAAAGUGAACCGGGGGGCAAGUUUUGGCUCGGCUGGUGUCUCUGGCUCUGAGCCUGUCAUGAGAGUAACUCUGGGAACUGCCAAGUAUGAGCAUGCCUUCAAUGCCAUUGUGUGGAGGAUAAACCGACUGCCAGAUAAGAACUCAGCUUCUGGUCACCCACACUGUUUCUUUUGCCACCUCGAACUUGGCUCUGACCGGGAAGUGCCUUCCAGAUUUGCCAAUUAUGUAAAUGUCGAGUUCAGCAUGCCCACGACUUCUGCCUCCAAAGCAGCUGUGAGAUCUAUCUCUGUGGAAGACAAGCCUGGUGUCAGGAAGUGGGUCAAUUACUCUGCCCACUACAGCUACAAGGUGGAAAUUGAACAAAAAAAGAGUUUGAAGCCAGACUUUGAGGGAGAGGAGUUGGACAACCCAAAGGAGUGUGGGGUACAAUGACAGUGGCCUACUGUGUAAGGACCUGAGGAACGCUGACUCACGAUCGGGUGUCUUCCUGAAUACGUCAAGAUUAAGUCAACACCUGCUGUGGCUGCUUCUCAGUGGGAGCAGUCUACCACAGUUCCCUGUGUGCAGUCACCCGUGUGCAACAGGAAAUCUUGAGGGGGUUACUUUCAGUAGACUCCUUGACGCUGAGCAUGCCUGAAGCAUGGGUGCACCCAGCUUUUGGAGUGUAUUGUAUAUUGAGCCUCCUUGUCUCCUUUCUGCUUAUAUCAUGACACUGGGGUGUGGUUUAUGGUGACGAUUAGCGACCUGAAGAGAACAUCCAACGUCAAUCUUGGCACAGUUUGCUCCCGGUCUCCAUCUGUCCCUUGUAGGUUUCUGGAAAAAGCAGUCUGGAAAGUUAAAUCAAGACUCCAUCUCCAGGGAUCCCUCUAUAAAACAGUGAGAAGACUUUCAAAACCAUUUCCCUUUGGGUCUACUAGGCCUUUUCUAGAACUCUCCAUUCUUUAAAUGCUGAUUUUACUCCACAGAGGUUUUCCAGAUGUUUCCUUUCUAUUCUGGAUUGUUCAAGGUCAAAAUAUUUUUCUUCAACUCCUCCUUUCCCAUUUGCUAUCCUAAGUCAUGAUACCCAGCGGGAGAGGCCAAUCAGAUUUCUUUUUUUCAAAUCCAGGGGUUGGAACUUAAUUCUACCAAUGAACUGGAUUGGAUUCAUGAUCUGUUGAAAAGAACUCGAAGGAAAGGGGACAUUACAUGUAAUUAUAUUCAGUUCAGAAGACAGCUUCAGUCAUGAUGGAUUGCCAGAUUCUCACCGAUCACUUCUAAUUCCUGAAAUACAGGCAUGGCUAUGGGAGAGGCCUGUGAGAAAGGCACUUGGGAGUUCUUUUUAUACCUCAUAGGCAAGGACUGUUACAUGUCCCUUUAACUCAAAAUUUAGAGAAAACUUAAGGAGUAAAAGCUCAAUUGGAAUGAGCUCUGCCUCAAAUAACAAGCUUGGUGUUGGUGGUCAGUGUUGUGAAAGUACAAACAGGCAGAAGCCUCCGGGGUGGGGCUGGAGAAAGCCGGGUUCCCGGUGUCAUGAACAUGAAAACCUGAUUCUGAGAACCAGAACUUCCCUUUCUGUCCCAUGUUCCCAGCCCACCCACUGCUCCCCACUCCCUGCUUAUUUGUACCUUGGUGUUUUCUCUCUUGAAGGAUAAAGUGAGGGGACAGAAUGCAUAUUUUAUCAGACUUGGGAAAUAUAAGGAAAUAUAAAAUACCUGCAGUUUGGGACUGACUGAUUCAAGAUUUAUCUAUUGAGUUCAUAUUUAGUGAGAUUGAUCUAUGUACUGGCCUUAGACAUUAGAAAUCAUUGCAGUGUUUUAAACUGAGUUGUUUUGUUUUCAAGACAGGGUUUCUCUGUGUAGCCUUGGCUGUCCUAGAAUUUUCUCUGUAGACCAGAUUGGCUUUGAACGCAGAGAUUCAUCUGCCUGUCUCCAGAAUGCAGGAAUUAAAGGCAUGCACCAGUACCUUCCCCAGCUUGAACUAUGUUUUUAACUGUCUAAGCAUUAGAUUGAAAUGUGAAGGACAAGCUGCAGAGGCAUAGACCUGUGUUUUGAGUUUUUAAAAUGCCACCCUUUCAGUUCGGAAGUGCGGGUGUGCAUAGAACCCAGGAGGCUGGGUUUUAUAGCAGUUUAUAUAGAAAUGUUUUCUUAAGGAAAUGGGAGGUUGGUUUUGAACCAGGUAUAUAUCAUGGCUAUUCACAAAGCUAAUGCAUUCCACCUGUGGUGGUAGGUGUUUAAACAACUCUGCUUGGUGCAUUGGCCCACACAUGCCUGAAUGGAGGGGUUGCACCCCAUUAUAGCUACUAUAUUUUAAGGGAAGCAUUAAUAAGUUGAACGUGUCCAUAGGCAGGUAAGCAAAGUUGCGAAGAUUGUGACUCUAUAAGGAACGGGGGAGGGGUGGGAGUGUUCUCCAGAACAGAGGGUGUAGCUGCGAACGGAGGACAGUUUGGAAAUGAUGUAAUGGCUGCCACCAAGUUUCAACUAAACUAUAAAAAGGAAGAGGAGUUAGAUUUGCUUUGCAUAACUUCAAAGGCAAACAGAAUAGAAACCUAAGAGAACUUUACAGAUGACAGAUGUUUGCUCAAGAUAAGCAUCUUCUAGUAAGGAGUGUUCUAAAGAAGAAAAAGGUCAAGUAAGAUUUCCGGCUGUAGCAAAUGUCCAUGGGUUAACUGAGCCACGCCUAUCCCAGGUGCUGUGAAAGGGACGGUCACAUUGGUUUGGGGCAAGAUGACAGGAACGCUCUUUUCCAAAUAGUCUCGAUAGGAAUGAGACGCUCUAGCUCGUGACAGCCUUUCUCUGUUUUCGUCCUGUUGGAGGACAGUGGGAUCCUCGAAAAGAACUUGGUGAAAGAAUCCCAUCUCGUUUCCGCUGUUGAGCUAAAGGCCUUCAAGAGUUCUCAGAUGUCCAAGGGCUUGAAGCGUGGGCAAGAAGGUCAUCCCUAGCCCGGCGCUGUUAGGGGCCAUGCCUCGGAGGAAGCAUAGUGUGCUCGGCACCCGUGCUCUCUUCUCUCCCACCCCCUCGGUUAAUUCUUCUUGCUUUGGUGCUUCUCCUGGACUGGUUGGAAUUUUGUUGUUUUACCAUUAAUCAAACAUUGGUUGAAAAAAAAAUACUCCCCUCUGUGCUAUUUGUAUCUAGUAAGCAAAUUAUCUUUAAAAAUCUACUACCUUGGUCACCAAAUUUGUUUUGCCUCCCCUGUGCUUAGGGUCCUUAUGGAUAACAAUGUAGGAAGCUAAGGGGUAUGAUAAAAUGUAUUUGAGGACUUAUGAAUAACCUAUAUAAAAAACCUCAGUUGGGCAGAUUACCCUUUUGAUAUGCAGAAUGUGUGCUUGCCACAUGGGCCCUCAGUUUUUAUUUUUCCUGUGGUUACCAAAAAAAAAAAAAAAAAUCCUAGUCAGUGUUCUCAAUAAUGAAAAAAAUAUAAAAAGAGGAUGGAUUUUACCAAUGCAGUUAGAACACGCUUGGUGUCACAUGGAAUAGAGUCAAGAGCUUGUUUUUCAACUUUACAGUCAAAUAGGACAAAAAAGAUACUCAUUCUACUAUAUCAAACAAGAGGGCUGGCCAUGUAGCUCAGUGGUAGAGAACUUGUCUAGCAUGCACAAGACCCCGGGUUCAACCCCCAGUACCAAAUAAAUAAGCAACAAAAAGAAUGGGGGGGUUGGAGGACAGACCACGACACCUCUCUUGUAGACACAGUGCGGGUUAGUUAUUUCUUUUCAAAAGCCAGCCCUUUGAUCCUAGAAGACUUUUUCUUUCCUUGUUGUUUUGUUUUGUUUCCUGUUUGCUUUCCCACCUCACUACCUUCCCACAUUUGCUGUCCAGGCUUGUCCUCAAGAGUAUUCCUUUAUUUAAAAGAGUCCUUAUUUGAAAUGAGACUAAUUUCAGUGUAGAAACCUGGUUGGGAUCAGGAAUGUAGGUCCCUAGAAGGUCUACUCCUGAGAAGUGUGAUCAUGAAGACAGAUUAUUGUGGUUAUUACUGAACCACUAUCCUUGUGAUUUAAAGGCCUGUCACAGAGUGUGAGCCCAGCCACCUUAACUCCUUACUGCUAAGUCAAAUACACUCAUUAAAUGAGUGGAAAUUAUCGGCGCUUUGGCUCUGAGACCGCUUAGCCUUUGUUUAGUUAGCGCCCAGUACUCACGUUACAGCUAACAAGCAGCAUUUAUUUUCCGGAGGACUUAAACACAUUUAUUUGGCUUUUAUUCCUGCCACCAGUGGGAACCAAGCGUCAGGACAGAGGCACUUACUGUGUGGCUGAAUCUGACCCACAGUGGACCUUAUUCAUAUUGAGAACCAUUUUUGUGCUCAGGUAUGGAGGAGCGCAGGCGUUGUCCACAGUUAGGCUAUUGAUCCAGUUUUAUUGCUGCCACUCAAACAGACCUGUGAGCCUCGACCUUGCCCACAAGAGUAACCAGUGGAAGAUGCACGCGUCUGAUGGAGCCCACAGCCGGCCCUGCUCUACCAGGUCGUCAUCUUCCCAACUGUAACCACUGGCCAGUGCUACUGUGCACACCACGUCCCCACAUGGGGUGGAGAUCUGAGAUGGGAAGGCUGAGGCUCACCAGGUGAAAUCAUGAUUUCAAAAUUUCUGUUUUAUAAUCAGUUUAGGGGUUGAGAAAGAGAGAGAGAUAGAUUGAGCUGACCUUUUUCUAUUUUUCUUAAAAGUUCAAGGAAUUAACUGUUAUGAGUAGGAAGUGAUACCAUCCAAUCCACUUGUAUAAUUUCUUCUGGUAAAAACUGGUAUAUAUUUUUAAAGUGUUUCAAGACAGGGUUUCCCUGUGUAGCUCUGGCUGUCCUGAAGUUCCCUAUGUAGAUCAGGCCGGCCUUGAACUCAGAGUGCCACCUGCCUCUGCCUCCUGAGUGCUGGGAUUAAAGAUAUGUGCCACCACCACAAAUUUAAUUCUUCUAAGAACGGUUGAUUUAAAUUAAUCAAUCCUAGCUUGUCUGAAGUUGAGACUAUGAUUAGAUUAGACUUUAAUAGAGGAUUCAUGAACAGAGCUAACAAAAAUUAAAAAUAUACCAUCUAGUAAAUGAAUCUUGCAUUAAUACUUCUACCAAACUGUGAUAGCAUUUUCUAUAGAAUUAGUCAGUGUAUUCUCACUAUGAUUCUAAUUGAUGUUUUCUAAACAUGACCAGUGUCGAUUUACCAGUUCCCUAUACAUGACCAUGUUUUAUUUAUGCUCUUUGUAAAUGAGAUUGGUUUCAGAUAUUAUCAUUUAUAACUGAAGGAAAUACAGAAAGCAGUCUUAAGAGGAGGAACAAAUGCAUGUAUUAGUAAUAGUCCCAUGGUCACCCAAGCAAGAACAUGGAAGUUUUAUUUUUCUUCUAGUGUGCCUUAGACAAUUUGCCAAUGAAAGUUCAGUUGUAUACUUUAAGAAUUGAAAGGGGGACUGUGUGUGUGUGUAUACAUGUGUGUACAUAUAUUUCACCCUUUCAGUUCUUUAAAGUAUGUGUGUGUGUUGCAACUCCAAGCCCACGAAGGUAAGAAAGUUUCUAUAGUACUAUGUUCUGCAGAACCUGGGACAAUGCAAAUAAAAGCUAGAUGUAAUGAAAAGCUACUAAAGAACAGACUAAAGAAAACAAUAAUGAAAAGAGUUGAAGCAUUUACAGCAUUGGCCACCAAGAUUCAACGUAACCUGAACUGGAGGCUGUCUCUUAAAGUAAGAAGCUAUGGGAAAGAGGGGCGCCUAGCAGGACUAGACAGCAGAACUCUUCAGCCCAGCUCAGCUUGCAUCAAGUGCUCUUGCUAAGGGACAAGUGCCCUGGCUAAGAGACUCGAAGGGAGGAGAGGCUGUACAAUAGGAUGCUGAAAAUCGUUGUUGGUAGCCAUGCGGGGAUGGCUUUAGGAAGGGAAAGUUGGGCUCUCUGGCUGUGCAUAAGCAUGGGGACAAUCACUAUUGCUAACUCACCUGUUAUUUCCCCAACUUGAUGUCAGUUUCCAGAGACAAAAGAGAGAGGGCUGGACUUUCGCUUCUUGGGUUAUUUUUUUUUUCCAGCUGUGGUUUUUAUGGGUUGUUUCACAAAAUGUCCUUUCUUGCCACGUUUUGUUGAUAUCCCUUGUCUGCGAGGUUCUUUAUCCAUGCUUACGAACCAAGAAGUUUAACACAUGUAAGCUGCAGAGGCCAGCUAGUUUUAUCUUUUUCUGCUCAAACCCCUUUCCUUCCUUACGCUUAGCUGACAGAACUGCAGAAAAGCCCCCAAUUCUCUGUGUUGCAGUUGACUUCAAAAUACCAGCUUAAUACAAAGGUCAAAAGGGCAGUUUCCCCAGUGGAUAUUGGGAUGUGAAUACCAGGCGAAACUUAAGUAGAUCUAACCCUCCAAGUACUGACGAUGUUAGGGUGUAAGAUGGUCUAGGAUUUAUAGGUAAAUCCUUUUAUGUGGAUGGCCAUAGGAGGGAGGGGAGAACAGAAACUAAUCUGGAGCCAUCUGUAUUUAUAACAAAGUCAACAAAGAGAGAAAACCACACAUUAAAAUGUAUUUAAUUUUUUAAAGUGCGGAUCAUUAUAAAAUAACUUUCUGUGGGGUAUAUUUGAGCAUGACUUUAGUUUCUCCUCUGGUUAGACUUAGUCAGACUUAGACUGACAAUGAGUCAGUGCUAACUGGUCAGGUGGAGUCCCAGCAUCCUCUCCUUCGUUCCCAUGUUCUGCCUCAGACCGAACCCCAGUUCUCACUGUGGACACUAGCCACACUGUGACUGACGCCUUAAGGGCCACCAUUGCCCACUCCACGUGCUUUCCAGUGGACCAUCCCAGCGCAACUCCCAGCAGCAAGUUCUAUGAACGCAGAUGUACACUUAACUCCUUAUUGGAUCUAAGGGUUUUCAAGAAUGGCGUGUGAGAAGGACGACGUGAGCCUCUUUCCCCUUCUGCCAGCGUCAGUUUAUCUUUUACGUUCUCUUGCCAACAGAAACUGGAGAACCCUUUGCCAUGUUCAGAAGGCUAAAGGGGAUCAGUGUUUGAGAAAAGGCAAGGCAGGAAUAUCCCUUCUCACCUUCCCCCUUGUGAUGUCCGUGUGAAUUUCAGUGUGUCAGGGUGGUUGGACCCAAGAUCCAGUGAAUGGCUUCACUGAUCUGAGGCUUGUAUUUCGCUUAAUGUGUUACUUAUCCUUACUCAGUGUAACUUCUUGCACUAUUGUGGCUAAUUUUAUGUAAAACCAGGUAACUUUUAAAAGAAUGUGCCUACGUAACAAAGUCUACACACUGGCUAUUCCUGUAGAGGUGAGGUUUUGUUUUUGAUGUUUUGCUGAAUAAUCUGUAAUAUCUUUUUCGAGCAAUGAAAAGGAAGUAUCAAUAAAAAAAUUUUAAGCAAA